CUGUCUGCUUGCUGCGCUUCCCACAACUCUUCCUCCAUCACUGCCCGAGCAGCCAUGAAGUGCGGUGGCUGCUUCGCAUUUUGGUCGCGGCCAAUUUCAGGACCUAACAAAGACUGUCGAGGACCCUUUGAAAUUCCGCAUUAUGAGCCACCCCGCUAUGCGGUCAAGGCCCAGGCAGAAGAAGAGACCCCUUUUCGGCUCACCUGCGAGGCUAGCAGCAUGUGGCAUCCAGAAACUCAGCCAUGGGACCGUGCAAUUCCAUGGGACGGGCGUCCGAUCGAGAUCGACCCGGUCACUAACAGACCGCUCAAGGUGAAGGCAAAGCCAGCAACUGCGGAGAUAGGAGUUCAGACGGAGCCGGUUCACAUCGAGCCCAUUCAGACGGAGCCUCCAAAAGAGGCGGAGGACAGUGAUUCCGGAAUUGACUUGAAGCGGCUGUGUGCUGCCAUCGCCAACUUCCAAGAAGUCCAUGAGCGCGAACACAAGCACUUGGAGACGACUGCAGAGGAACUCCAGCAGCCGGAGACUGUCCAUAAAACGGAUGAUGAAGCCGUCGAAAUGCUUGAAAGCUUACAGCCCGUCACAUACGAAAAGAGCUUCAUGGAAGAAGCACAGGAGAAAGCUGAAAAAGCUCUCAGCCUGAAGGCAUUCUGGGAGAAAAUUGCCCAGCAUGACCGAAUGGUUCAGCAGCUCGCAAGAGGGGAGACGCCAACGCCAGCCUUCAGCUCACCACAUCUCGAGAUAGCCGCCAUAGCCCACGUCUUGUUUCACGGAUCUAGUGCCGUGGACCAGGAUCCACGCUGGCUACCAAGACGACCUCGGCCGCCCAAGAUGAAGAAGAAACACGACAACUGGGAAGACUACAUCCGGGAAUUCGACGACCCAGAGACUGUCGAUCUAGAAGGACUCUGGGUCCCGGUCGAACCUUACGAGUUGCCAAAGGGCACGCCCAUCCUGACGGUGGAAGUGAAUCUAGGUGGUGAAGAGUUUCCCUUGGGACCUCUGGAAUACACCACUGAGAACACAGUAGAAGAAGCGUGCCACGACUUUGUUGCUGAACACAAUCUUCGGCCCAUUUUCGAGCCACUGCUUCAAGCCUAUGUCUGCUAUACAGUCAUGAAGUCCAUCAAAGAAGACUCCUUGGACGUUCUGACCCUGUUGUGACGACACGGCUCUUCCCUUGGAGCUGUGACAGUGCUGCUCCAACCCAUUCUAGGUGAAGCACUGCGGUGGAAAUGUGUCAUGUUACCUGUCUAUUAGUUACAGUACGUCACUUCCCGCCUUCUAACUUGGUUGGGAGCAGCCUUGUGUGAUGGCUCCAGCGUUACUAAAUGACGCUGGGAACAUCACCUUGGGCCGUGAUGAUCAGUGGAAUAUGGGUGCACGCUCCAGGCCCAGA